AUGCUGGCUCCCACCAAGUCUGUUAUUCUGUGCCCCCUGCCCCUGCAGCUGGAGCUGGAGGCCUACGAGCUGCCCCGGCCCAGGGGUGCCCGGCGUCAGCUGCUGUUUGACACAGAGACCCAGAUCCCCCGUCACGAGCUGCAGCGCCAGCUACUGGAUCCCCAGGUCCACUGCCGGCCUCUGGUGCUGCUGGAAGCCCCGGGCCUGAGGAGGCAGAGCCCCGCUGAGCUGCUCAGUGCCCCCACCUAUGGCUGGUUGCCCCCUGAGCUGCAGGAGUUGUGGCAGCGCUGCGCCCACUUGCAGCAGGUUGACUAUGCAGGGCUGCGGGAGGCCGAGGAGCCGCGGGCCGAGCCCCCCAGUGAGCUUGAGGUGCCGCGGGAGGUGCUGGAGCCCAGCCUGCCACCAGCUGUGUCCUCAGAGAUCUCGCUGGAGACCACCGAGGAGGAGCCAGCGCGGCCCAGCCUACUGCCCCCUGAGGAGCGGAGGCUCCCCACAGAGGCCGAGGCAGUGCUGCCAGUGGUGCCCGAAGUGUCCGAGCUGACCCUGGAGUUGCCCCCUGACAAGGAGGCCCUCACCCUUGCCACCCUACACAGGCUGGUUGGGGCAGAGCUGGAGCGCAUGACGUACGUGGACUUUGCUGCCCUGGUGCCUGCUGGGGCCUCACGGGCCAUCGCCAGCCGUGUCUUUUCCUUGUGCCUGGAUCUCUGCAGGCUGCAGCUGGUGCACCUGGAGCAGGCCCAACCCUAUGGCCCCAUCAUGCUGUAUCCUGGUGCCCGCUUCCAGCCCAGGUGACUGGGAGCACUGGGCAAAUUUGUCUCCAGGGGCCUGCUGCUGUCCCAGGUGACACCCCACUCCCAUUAAAGUGUUAGCUAACCAUUGCUGGUUCACAAGAGAACCCAGGUGUUCGGGUCCCACUCCCUACUGCCAGAAAGGAACCAAAGGGUCCGGGCUCCCAUCCCCACCUUCUCCAUCCAUCCAUCCCUCCCUCCCUUCCCCGCCCCAAACCAACCAACCCAGGAGCCCUGAUGUCCUAAC